AUGCUCUCGCCGCACGGCCUGCGCCAUCUGCGCGCGCGGCAUGGAGGCCAGGCGCGCGCGGGAUGCGCCGGCAACGUCCACUGGAUCUUUCCACGGGCGGCCACUGGAUGUGGUUUGGUACACCGUUUUGUGUGGUGGCGCCAUCUCUUCGGGUACGACAGGAACCUCGAGUUCGCGACCGCUCUUGAGAUCGCCUUUCGCGCGGCCUUCUGGCUCACGCUGUUCGCGUGGCCGACAAUCCAUGGCACCCUCGAGACCCAAACAAAGGUUUUCAGGUUAACGACUGCAGACUUCAUCAAGCCGGGAGCGGUGGUGGCUUGCGUCUACACCUUGGCUCCAAGCGCGGGCAUCACAAUUAAGCAUGUGGCGCAAGGCUUGAGUGGAAGUGUGACCGCAGCUGUGAUGUCGUGGCUCAUGUAUGCGGUCUACUACGACGGUUGCACCGGAAAACCUGCCAGUUGGCCGCAAAUCGACGCGUGCCAUUUUUGGCUUGGCGACCUCACGAGGAGUUGCGAUCGCGUCAGCUCAGUGCACCUUUUCUUCCCUCAAGUGGACCCGUGUUUUUAUUUCGGCAUUGUUGCAGGUGCGUUCUCCAUUAUGUUAGUGCUAUUGCUCCAGUUGCCUUCUCUGUUUCAGAUUUUUUAUUGUUCCAAUUUCGUGUUCUAUUGGAUGGCAUUCUUGAACUCAGCGGUAGAGGACGCAACUGGCGCAUCCUUGAGGCGCAGUGACCCAAGAUACGCCCAUACCGUUGAACUCUUCGGGUGCCAAUGGAAUGACUGGGGUGGGGGCGUAUCCAAAAAUAUAAUCACGAUGCUAAAUGGAUGCUUCUUCGCUCUGCUGAUCACCACGUUCCCUUACCCAAUUACUUGCCUUGCGCAGGCGACAGAUCAUGUAGAGCUCACGACCAAAUCGCUCGAGCAACACUGGAAAAAUACCAUAGCCUUCUACGUCGCCCCACAGAAAGACGAAAUGAACAAGGCGCACAUGAUGAGCUCAAUGGGAUCCGUGAAAGAUGAGAUUGAUAAGUUGGAUCGUAUGUUAGAAGGCACCUUCUGGGAAGUGUUAUUCUUUCCAUGGGUAUCCUACAGCACGUGCCCGCGCUUGCCACCCAUAUGCACCGAUUCUCGCAUGGCGAGGCACGCUAAUUUAACCAAGCUGCGCGGGACACUGUGCAAGUGCAUCGAGCGCCUAUGUCAUGUCGUGGACGCUUGCGAGAGGGAAAAGUUUGAGGAGUCGCACCAGGCCCUGAUGCUCUCUUGCCAGAACGCCGUAGAGAGCCUGGCCAGCUGCACCUUCCUGCUUCUUGACAGUGCAGUGCAGAAGGCCCAGGACGGCGUUCUCACUGAGGAUGAAAAGGAUGAGUUGAUGAACCAAGUUAAAGAGGUAGAGUAUUUCGAGAAUUUGCUCAGCGACGAAGUGAAAGCAUGCAUCCAACAACUGACCAGAAGAAAGUCUGUGAAGGUCGCCCAGGAGGUCAGGGGUCAAUUAGCAACGGAGCAAGUGGCACGGUGGCGGAUUCAUGUUCAGUCUUUGCCAUUUCGCCGACAGCAUACGCACUUAUUGCAAAUGGCUCGCAGAAGAGAGGACUGCUGA